GCUGCGACGGCUGCGGCGGCAGUGGCGCGAUCUGGCGGCCUGACGCCCCUUCCCCCUCUCCCCUCCCCGGCAGCUCGCCCACACCCCGCAGCUGACAAUGAAGAGAAGAGGUGAAGGGGAAUUUAGUAGCCCUCAGAAGAAGCAGAAGAAAAGAGCUGCUGAACUGGGCUUGACUCUAAGUUCCACAUCUGAUGAAGAACCCCCUCCUUUUGGCAAUCAUGGCCCACAAGAAUCUUCCACAAGCCUCAGUGGAUCUGACAGUGAGAAUGAGGAGAAAAGACCUGUGUCUAGCUCUUUUAGCAAUGACUUUAAAGCUGACUCUCUUGUGGAGGGCACCUCCUCCCGCUAUUCCAUGUACAACAGUGUUUCCCAGAAGAUGAUGGCAAAAAUGGGCUUCCGGGAAGGUGAAGGCCUGGGCAAACACAGCCAGGGUCGGAAAGACAUUGUGGAGGCCUCUAAUCAAAAAGGCCGAAGAGGCUUAGGGCUGACACUAAAGGGUUUUGACCAGGAACUCAACGUGGACUGGAGAGAUGAGCCAGAGCCAAGUAUCAGUGAACAGGUGUCAUGGUUUCCAGAAUGCACCACUGAAAUUCCUAAUACCCAGGAGAUGCGUGAGUGGAUGACUGUAGGAAAGAGGAAGAUGGUAAUUGAAGAUGAAACUGAGUUUUGUGGGGAAGAGCUUCUGCACAGUGUCCUGCAGUGCAAGAGUGUAUUUGAUGUCUUGGAUGGAGAAGAGAUGCGUCGAGCUCGGACCAGGUCCAACCCCUAUGAAAUGAUCCGCGGUGUCUUCUUCCUAAACAGAGCAGCAAUGAAAAUGGCCAACAUUGACUUUGUAUUUGAUCGUAUGUUUACGAACCCAAAGGACUCUUUAGGGCACCCCCUGUUGAAGGAUCGGAGUCCAGAACUUCUGUACUUUGCUGAUGUCUGUGCAGGCCCUGGUGGCUUCUCUGAAUAUGUGCUUUGGAGAAAGAAAUGGCAUGCAAAGGGCUUUGGAAUGACCUUGAAAGGGCCCAAUGACUUCAAGCUAGAGGAUUUCUAUGCAGCUUCCAGUGAACUUUUUGAACCCUAUUAUGGUGAUGGCGGGAUUGAUGGAGAUGGAGAUGUCACCCGACCAGGGAACAUCACAGCUUUUCGAAAUUUUAUUCUGGAUAAUACUGAUCGCAAGGGUGUGCACUUUAUGAUGGCUGAUGGGGGUUUCUCUGUAGAGAAGCAAGAAAACCUGCAGGAAAUCCUCAGUAAGCAGCUCUUGUUGUGCCAGUUUCUCACAGGGCUGUCUGUUAUCCGCACAGGAGGCCACUUCAUCUGUAAAACCUUUGAUUUAUUCACACCAUUCAGCGUGGGACUCAUAUACCUGCUGUACACCUGCUUUGAACGCGUGUCUCUUUUUAAGCCUGUCACCAGCCGGCCUGCCAACUCAGAGAGGUACGUGGUGUGCAAGAGCUUGAAGUCUGGGAUUGACGACGUGCGGGAAUACCUCUUUGAGGUAAACUGCAAGCUCAAUCAGCUUCGGAAGAGUGACCUGGAUGUCAACCUUGUGGUCCCCCUGGAGGUGAUCAAGGGAGACCCUGAAUUUACUGACUACAUGAUCCGAUCCAACGAGAGCCACUGCAGCUCACAGAUCAAAGCCCUGGCCAAAAUUCAUGCCUUUGUCCAAGACUCGACUCUUAGUGAACCACGCCAGGCAGAUAUCCGGAAAGGGUGCCUUCGACUCUGGGGGAUUCCAGAUCAGGCCAGAGUUGCUCUCUCUUCUUCAGAUCCAAAGUCUAAGUUCUUUGAAUUGAUAAAGGGCACCGACAUUGAUAUCUUCAGCUAUAAGCCUACUCCACUAAACUCCAAAACCCUGGAUAAGAUUCGUUCUGUUCUGGACUACCGCUGCAUGGUGUCGGGGAAUGAGCAGAAGUUUCUCAUUGGCUUAGGGAAAUCCCAGAUCUAUACAUGGGACGGCCGCCAGUCAGACCGCUGGACAAAGCUGGACCUCAAGACAGAGCUGCCCCGGGACACACUUCUCUCAGUGGAAAUUGUCCAUGAACUGAAAGGGGAGGGCAAGGCUCAGCGGAAGAUCAGUGCAAUCCACAUCCUUGAUGCAUUGGUGCUGAAUGGCAGUGAUAUCCGGGAGCAGCACUUCAUCCAUCGGAUUCAGCUUGCCGAGAAGUUUGUGAAAGCUGUUUCCAAAUCCAGUAGGCCUGACAUGAACCCCAUCAGAGUAAAGGAGAUGUACAGACUGGAAGACAUGGAGAGAAUUUUUGACAGGUUAGAACUGAAGGUCAUCAAGGGCUCACAUCAAGGGCUGCGACUCAGCUACACAGGACGAGAUGAUCGACACUUUGUGCCCACUGGCCUCUACAUUGUCAGAACCAUGAAUGAUCCUUGGACCAUGGCAUUCAGCAAAACCAAUAAGAAGAAGUUUUUCUUCAACAAGACUACAGGGUUUUCUACAUAUGUCCUUCCUCUGGAUGCCAUUGCUCCUUUUCACAUCUGCUACUAUGGGCGGCUCUUCUGGGAGUGGGGUGAUGGUGUCCGAGUACACAACUCUCAGAAGUGCCAGGAUCCUGAGAAAUUGUCCAAAGAGGACAUCCUUUCCUUCAUUCGAGCACAUAGUGUCUGAGGAUCCAGCCCAGGAGAUCAUGCCACCCUCCCCUCCCCUCAAGGACCCUUGGCUGCUGUCCUAAGAAGGAGGGAAGGGGCUGAUGGUCCUCUUUGGAGCAAGAUAACAGGCCACAGAUGAGACGGGCCGCGUCCUCCUGAGAGGAGAAUGAGUAGCAUCAUUGCACAUCAAGGACAGUGUAUGACCCUCUCACUCCUACUCCUCCUGGGUUACAGUCUUCCCUUCCCCCAGAACACUUUGGGAGUAUUUGGAAGGAGCUAAGGAAGAUGGGGCUGCUUUUGCUCCUGGUAUAACCAUUUCAGUUACCAUCUCCAGAAGGACAUGAUGGGACCUCUCCCCUUUAGGAGGUGUGGCCUAGAACAUAGCUGCUCCCCUUGUUUGGAUCAUUAGAGAGUCAACUCCUAGUCUCUUGGCUGGCUUGGGAGCAGAGGCAGUGGUUUUAGGGCACCAAACAAAAUAUUGCUGAAGCCUCAGAGCUCCUGGGGUUUUGCACCCUUCUUCUUCCCGGAGCCUGGCCUCUUGUUUGGCUUUCCUGGGAGUCCUUCCUUUUCACCCAUGUAGCUGUGCUACUUGGGCAGGGUGAUGGGCAGAGGAAGAAAGAUGGCAGACAUGCCAAUCCUUGUAGCUACCCCCUAUCCCUGACAACCCCUAGAAUCUGACUUUGGAGAGUUUUCAUUUUUUUUAAAAAAUGUGUAUGUCCUUUGGAGUAUCCAGAACCUUCUUGCUAGAGCUGUCUCCUACCCCAUUCCCCACUUCUAGUCCCACCCUGGGAAGGGCAAACAACUCUAAAAGAUGAGGAAGCAGCACCAAAUGUUAUCUCGGGCAUCUUAACCAGGAACCUAGCCUGUGUCUUGGAGCAGUGCCUUUUAUCGAAGGUGAGGGGAUUGGUGGCCAUAGGGGUCCCUGUGGGCUACUCUCCGGUCACAGCAUGAUGCCCAGUGUAAGUGCUUGGCCCAGAUCUCUGUGUGUUGCCAAAGAUACGAUACUGGAGGGUUUGAGUGGAAUUUCUUAGGCUUGAGAUCAUUCUCCUCCCCUCUUUUCCCCUAAGAAAAGGCACAACUUGCUUCCAUGUUUUCUCGUGGGGUCUUCAACUGUUACCUCUCCUGUGUACACAGAGGGGUUAGGGACCCUAGGUCUCGAGGAGGGGAAGGAAGCAGGUCUGUGAGCCAUUUGAUGAGAGAAGGGUGAGAGUGCUUGGAACUGAUAAGACAGUUCCCUCUCUGCCUUCCCUGGGGCCCAGGCCAGAGGGCCAGAAGGAAAGAUUCCCUUUGCUGGGCCUGUUUCCAUGGUGAGAGGCAGGGGGUUGCAGGGCUGGGGGGAAGGGGGUAUGGGGUGUGUCUCCACUGUGUCCAUGGGGUGGACCAAUAGUUGUCCUCUAGCCCGCAUUUGGUAGUAGUAGCCCUGCUUACAAAGGUGGCUAAUUUCCGCCCAAUACCGGGUUAGGGGUGUGUGUAAAUGUCUCAGAUCAUUAAAGGAAGAUAUUUUUAAAA